AAAUAUGUUUUUAUACAAUAUCAAUCUUACAGCUAACAAUGAAGAUUUUUUUAUGAAGAAAAUAUUCUUGACCUGAGAGAAAUCAAAUAAUAACUGAAUUUCUAUAAGCAUUUUUUGUAAAUUUAUGUAAAAACUUGUUGUUAUGGUAACAGAUUCAUAUUAUCAGCUGUUGUUUUUUUUAACAGUAUGCUUUCUUCAACUGCUGUAUGUGAAAAAGAAUAUACAAGUUUUUCAAAACCAUGGAUUAGUGGCAGUGAAUUUCAAUCAGCUGAUUCUCUUUCUUCUGCCAGUCUAGAUGAGAGUGAUAAUAUUGAAGAUAAACCUUUGCAAAACUUAACAGUAUGUGUUCAAGAUAUUUAUUGCAACUUGUCUUGUGGCAAUCUUAAAGAAGAUACAGAAAGUGUACCAAGUAACAAGAAAAGGAAGUUUAAUGUUACUAAAGAUGAAAAAAAGAAUACUGAGUAUUCAAAGAAACUUGCCAAUUUAAAAAAGUACUUGAAAAUGUGUGACUACCGCAUCAACAAUUAUGCAAAGUUAUUUGAAAACUGCAAGACUGUCAAAUCAAAAGAAGAUAAAUUACUUUCUAUUUUGAAAGAUAUUGGUGUUGAAGGUAGACCAACACUUCAAAAAUGUAAGAAAAUUAGAUUAGAGAGAGAGAAAGCACGCGAAGUAGCUGAACUUGAUUGUUCCAAUAUUAUACAAGCACGCUGUCGACACUCUGCUAAAAAAGAAGUUAUCAAACAUCCUAGAGCGAAAUACAGCUUUGGUGAUCUAAGUGUUGAUUCUGAGGCCAGUGUAAGUGAUGCCAGCAUUCACGAUAUUCAACCUCGAAAAAGACAGCGAAUUUCAUCUGACGAAGAUGGUAACUUUUAAUCAAUUGUAAAAUAUUUGGUUUUUUACAAUUAUAGUUGCAAUUAAAAACUGAAUUAAGUAUAAAAAUCUAAGUUGAAAAACUUUUGCCAUAAAACUUUUUAUUUACUCCUGUUUACAGUAAUUUUUUUUCUCUUUUAUUUUCUUUAUAGAUUUUUUUUUUCUUUUGUAUUGUCUUAAUGAUUUUCUUCUGGUUAGUUUUUUUUUUUUUUAAUUAAUAAAAUUUUUUCAACGAAUCUUUAAGUUAUGGACAGUUUUAUUAUACCUGAUAAAUUUAAUGUAAUUAUUGAUUUUAAACUAUUGUUCAAAAAUAUAUUGA